AAACACUGAAGAUCACUCCCCCAAGAAACAAGUCUACCUUGUGCUAUAAUGAAACCCUAGCGGGUGUCCGCACGAACACGGCAUUUAGGGAGAUCAGCUUUCUCCUAAUUUAUAAUUUCAAAAUAGUAAAAAGGCUAACAAUAUCAUCUCGACGACUGAAAUAUUUGAAUAAAUUCUAGUAUAGCACUAGCAAUUGCAGGCACACACGCAGAAGCGGAAGUAGCCUGCAAGAUGAAGCAGGAGCAGAAGGAUCACCCAGAGGAAGAGGAAGAAAUAAAAGGAGGAGGCAGUGAAAGUGAUAGUCUCUCUACAUCAGAUGAAGAAGAAGAGUAUACAUCUUCAGAUGAUGACCCUGUAGUGAGCUCUGACUAUGAAGAUGAGGAUGACAAUGUACUUGCAGACCAAGAUACCAAUGAGAUUGACGAAGCCGUGUUAGAUUAUAUGCAAACUCUCAAUACCCAUUCUCAUCAACUAAACCCUCCCGCAGAUGAAAAAGAUGGUGACAGGCCUGAUACAGUCGAAGAGAGUGAUUCUUCAGAUGAAAAAGAUGGUGACAGGCCUGAAACAGUCGAAGAGAGUGAUUCAUCAGAAGACGAGGUUCCUUCCAGAAAUACUGUUGGCGAUGUUCCCCUCAAUUGGUACAAGGACGAACAACAUAUUGGCUAUGACAUUGGUGGUAAAAAGAUUAAGAAGCAGCCUAAAAAAGACCAGCUUGAUUCCUUCCUUGCUCAAGCAGAUGACUCCAAGGAUUGGAGAAAAAUAUAUGAUGAAUACAAUGAUGAAGAGAUUGAGCUAUCUAAAGAUGAAAUCAAGUUGAUAAAUAGAUUACGCAAAGGCAAAGUACCACAUGCUGAAGUGAAUCCGUAUGAGCCUUAUGUUGAUUGGUUUGAUUGGGAAGAUAAAGGGCAUCCUUUGUCUAAUGCACCAGAACCCAAGAGGAGAUUCAUCCCAUCAAAAUGGGAAGCUAAGAAGGUUGUGAAGCUGGUCAGAGCUAUUCGUAAGGGAUGGAUAACUUUUGAGAAACCUAAAGAAAAGCCUCGCUUUUAUUUGAUGUGGGGAGACGAUUUAAAAACAUCUGAAAAAGCAGCUAAUGGGUUGACUUAUAUCCCAGCUCCAAAACCAAAGCUACCUGGGCACGAAGAAUCAUAUAAUCCUCCACCAGAAUAUAUUCCAACACAGGAGGAGAUCAAUUCAUACCAGCUAAUGUAUGAGGAAGACCGUCCUAAAUUCAUUCCCAGAAGGUAUGAGUCAUUGAGAAAUGUUCCAACUUAUGAAAGGUUCAUUUCAGAAAUAUUUGAGCGAUGCUUGGACCUAUACAUGUGCCCAAGAACUAGGAAGAAACGGAUCAACAUUGAUCCUGAGUCGUUGAUCCCCAAGCUUCCUAAGCCUAAAGAUCUUCAGCCUUUUCCUUCUAUUUUAUUCCUUGAAUAUAAAGGUCAUACAGGUGCAGUUUUAUGUAUAUCAGCAGAAUCAUCAGGGCAAUGGCUUGCUUCUGGUUCAAUAGAUGGUACUGUACGUAUUUGGGAUGUGGCAAAUGGACGUUGUAUUGAACUUUGGGACAUUGGCAGGCCCAUUCGCCAUAUUGCAUGGAACCCAGUAUCUGAGAUAUCGAUUUUGACAAUUGCUGUGGAUGAAGAAGUUCUUGUAUUGAAUACUGGUCUUGGAAGUGAAGAAGAUCAAGAAAAAGCUGCUGAAUUAUUGCGGAUGAUCAUAUCAACUGACACUUCAGCUGAUGAUACCUCUCUAAUUAAGUGGACUCAACAUGAAAAGUUCAAUGCUCUCAAAUUAAUCCAUCAGAAGCCUGUACACUCAAUAUCUUGGCAUCAUAAAGGAGACUACUUUGCAACAGUUUCACCAGAUGCUAAUACCAGGGCAGUACUUAUUCACCAGCUAUCUAAGCAGCAAACUCAAAACCCUUUCAAAAAAAUGCAUGGUCAUGUUGUUUGUGUUCUUUUCCACCCAAGCAGACCAAUUUUCUUCGUUGCUACCAAGAUGCACAUCCGGGUUUACAAUCUUGUAAAGCAACAGCUUGUGAAGAAGCUUGUUACAGGUCUGCAUGAGGUUUCGUCCAUGGCCAUCCAUCCUGGAGGAGAUAAUCUAAUUGUUGGAAGCAAGGAAGGCAAAAUAUGCUGGUUCGAUAUGGAUCUUUCAACAACUCCUUACAGAACUCUGAAGAAUCAUUCUAAAGAUGUCCUUGCUGUUGCUUUUCACCAUUCAUAUCCUCUGUUUGCAUCGUGCUCUGAUGACUCUACAGCACAUAUUUUUCAUGGAAUGGUUUAUUCUGAUUUGCUUCAGAACCCUUUAAUUGUUCCUUUAAAGGUGCUUCGAGGACACAAGAGUGUAAAUGAAAGAGGUAUUUUGGACUGCAAAUUUCAUCCUAAGAACCCUUGGUUGUUUACAGCAGGGGCUGAUUCAGUUGUGAAACUCUAUUGCGAUUCAGUUGUUAUUCCUUUCAGGUGAUUUGAUUAUUUUAAGGGGAAGUUCGUAUGCAAAGUUCAUGAUGGGAGAGCUCAAUGACAGCACAGAUUAUUGUAAUGGAGAAGUUCGUAUGCAAAGUUCAUGAUGGGAGAGCUCAAUGACAGUACAGAUUAUUGUAAUGGAGAAGUUUGUUAAUUGAUUCUGUAUUUAUAUUUGUAGGACGAGGUUUUGGUGAAAUUAGCUUUGUAGAAGCAUCAGUAAUAUGUACUUUAUACAAAGAGGGGACAAUACUCAUGCUUAAAGCAUAUCAAGAUAGAACCAUUAUUUAUCUGACAUUCAAAGCUCUGUGUAGGUGUAUGUGCCAAUGUCUUAUUUCCUUGAGGCUGUUAUGUGAGAUACUUCUGGGAGACUUGGUGUAUAAUGUCUUGUUUGUUUUAAGCACAGUUUUGGGUAUUAAAUUUUAAAGAGUCAUUUGACCUCAAAGAAGAGGUUUAUAAUGUGAAAUUCCUUGAAACACUUGGCCUAUAAAUUUUGAGUUUUAAUAUUUUCAAAUGUGCAUCAAUUCAAAGCAUUUCCUCAUUCACUUCA